AUGAAAUAUUAUUAUCAAUUUAAAGCUAUCAUAUCGGGAGCAAAAGCAGUUGGUAAAAAAACAAUCCUUAAAUCAUUGGACUCUUCAACUGAUCUUAAAACUGUUUAAUUACAUGAUAAAAUGCAAGAAACACUAUUUAUCUAUGAAUUCUAAAAAGAUGAAUCCUACAUUCCAGAUGCUCUUUGCUUUCUGAUUGUGUGUGACUAAUCAUCAUAAUCAAUCCAAUAUGCCAAAUCAAAAAUUCAAAUAAUACUUAAAUAACUGAAUCGUUCCUAUUAAUUUAUUGUCCUCAUCAACAACAAAGUAGAUUCCCAAUUAUCACUUUAAGACGAAUUAGAAAAUUAUUGCGCUUAAAACCAAAUAAAUUUCAUAGCAACAAGCGCUAAAUUUGGAACCAACGUUAUUCUACUCUAAAAUCUUCUUAGAAUCAAGGCUUAAUUGAUAAUGAAAAAAUGUUAAAUCCAACCAUUUCCUCUAGAAUCCAAUAGAGAAAAGGAAUUUGAAACCAUCGAUCACCAGAUUAAAUAAGUCACGCAGAAUAGACCACUGCCAUAAACACCCUAAUCCUCUGGAGACAAAGAAAACUAAUCAGAUUAUAAGAGCAUCAAGAGUGAAACUGUAGAGAGUUUUAGAGCAUUCGAAUUAAUCCAAGAUAAAUCAACAUAGCAUAAUGAUACCAUAAAUAUUCUAACAUAAAGCACUUCAUACUAAAAUUGCCAAAUACAAAAUUCAUAAGUCCUACCAAGUACAAAAAGAGCAUAUCUUGAUUUAAACACCAAUUGUCGAUUAAGAUCAUCUUCACCUAUUUCGAAGAUACUUAUGUGUUUAUAAAUUGAAUUGAAUGAUUAGAUAUUCAAAGUGGAUGUCUAUUUUGAUGAUUCCUAUCCCCUGAUUGUUGAGAGAAUUUGUUCUGCAAUGUAGAAGAAAGUUAAGCAAACUGCAAAAAAACAAUUGAUGUCCACUAUUGAAACUCAUGUCACCUCCUUUAUACAAAAGCUCAAUCAAUAAUUCUAAGAGAAAAGAUAUUUGAGAGUUAAGGAUUGCUAUGAGAAGUUUAUUUCUAUACACAAUCAAUAAAUAUAGUAGAGGCCAGUUAUUGGAAUCAUAGCCCUGUUAAUUUAAUCUUAGAUAAUAAAAAUUUAAGUUCAUGAAAGCGACGAACCCUAUGAUUUAGCAUUCAAUUCAAUAGUCUAAUACAAACUGAAAAAGAGUUGCAUUAGUGCUUUAGUUUAAAAAAUCAAAUUCUUAUAAACUCAAAAGAAUGUCGCGAUAUUAGGCUUCUUUGAUAUUACUCCUCAUGAAUUCAUUGUGUACAAAGGAGAAGACAUUUAAAAAAAGUUAUUUCAAUUCUUCAUGCAAUUUAAAUUGGACUAUGAAUAUUAUAGGCUUCUCUCAUAAAUAUAAUGA